AUGUCUUCUAUAUUCGAUCCGCGUGGAGACCUGCCUCCUCCCACGAUCCAACCAACCUCAUACUAUUUCUCACACAGUCACAAACGAGGCAAUUCCUAUGGUCUGCCCCCAAAGAAGCCCAAGAAAAAGCAAUGCUAUGACUGGAUCUUUUCAACAGCCUCCAACGUCCACAUUGCCAUCGACCAUGCUGCUUUCAAAACAUACGUCUCCUUUCAGUCAUAUGUCCUCACAGUUUCUGAUCAACGUCAGGUACCGGUUCGAGGCAUUGGGUCGGUCGAGCUCAAGCUCCGACGAGAACCGGGUAGUCGCGAAAAUCAUACAAUCGUCCUAGAGAAUGUCCUGCAUGUCCCCGAUUGGUUUUGCAAUGUUAUUUCGGACAUCUAUUUUGUGCCCGCCACCCUGUACGAGCACACUUGGACUGAGUUUGGCGUCAACUUCUUUGUCCGAGACAAGAAAAUCGUUAAGCCUUGGGGGUAUACAGAGAACUUCUGUGGUCUCGAUCGACUGGUGCUGUCAAAGAACCAUCAAGGACGCAGCCCCAUGCUUGAAGAUCCUGAACGCGAAGUGUUUUCCGUGAGCUUGACUUGGCCGCAGAGCCAGAAGGAUAAGUGGGACUGUUUCAUUGCCGAAGAGACGAAGCAACAGGCCACGCGUGUGGAAAAGACCUCCAAAAAGAAACUCAUUGGUGAUGAGAGGAAAGGUUUGAAACGGGAGACCAAGAGCAAUUUGGGAGAGAACACCAAAUAG